AUGGGUCGGAAGCGGGUGCCGGGCGGCGGCGGGGGCGGGGGCGGCCUGGGUCGGGCCCUCAUCAAGGAGCGUAACCUGCAGAACAGGGGCCAGCGGCGGCGAGACACGUGGCUGCACACGAAGGAGCUGGACGAUGGCGGCGCCUGGGGCCGCCCCGACCCGCGCUCCGUGACCGAGCCCACGGCCCUCGAGGACUUCCUGGCCACGGCCCAGCUGGCGGGCACCGAGUUCGUGGCGGAGAAGCUGAACGUCCGCUUCGUCCCUCCCGAGGCCAGGACCGGGCUCUUGUCCCCCGAGGAGCAGCUGCGGCUCCGGGAGCGCCAGGAGGAGCACCGGGGGGCGCUGCGCAUCCCGCGGCGACCCCGGUGGGACAAGGGCACCAGCGCCGAGGGCCUCCAGCAGGCUGAGAGAGAGAACUUUCUGGAGUGGAGGCGGGGGCUGGUGCGGCUGGAGGAGGAGCAGAACCUGAUUCUAACCCCCUUUGAAAGGAACCUGGACUUCUGGCGGCAGCUCUGGAGAGUCAUCGAGAGAAGUGACGUCGUUGUUCAGAUAGUCGAUGCCCGCAAUCCCCUCCUCUUUCGAUGCGAGGACUUGGAGUGUUACGUGAAAGAAAUCAGCAGAGAGAAGGAGAACGUGAUUCUGAUCAACAAGGCAGACCUGUUGACUGAGGAGCAGCGAGGAGCCUGGGCCAGAUUCUUUGAGCAAGAACACGUGAAAGUGAUUUUCUGGUCGGCUCUGGCCGAAGGCGACCGGCUGAGCGCGAGAUCGAAGGAGCCAGAAGCUGAGAAUUCAGAGGGGGCAGAAGAGUGGGCAGAUGAGUCUGAAGAUGAGCAGAGUGGUGUCGGUGGCUCCGAGGCCCAAGAGGAUGGGACUGAAGACAACUGGAUGAGCGAAGGAGGUGACAGUGAGUACGAGGAUUGUCUGGAGGACGAAGACCACUGGCAGACGUGCUCUGAGGAUGACGGCGGCAGCGACCUCGAAGCAGAUUUCUCCAGCCAGAGCUGUGGGGAGAACAGGGCCGAGGACAGCCUGGAGCAGGAGGCGUGGGGCCCGGCCAGGGAUACCCAAGUGCAGAAUGACAGCCACCUGGUGGAAAGGCAGGAGCUGCUGGACCUCUUCAGAGCGAUGCAUUCUGGGAAGAAGGUCAAGGAGGGGCAGCUCACCGUGGGGCUGGUCGGCUACCCCAACGUGGGCAAGAGCUCGACAAUCAACACCAUCUUUGGGAACAAGAAGGUGUCUGUGUCAGCCACUCCUGGGCACACCAAGCACUUCCAGACCCUCUAUGUGGAGCCUAGCCUAUGUCUGUGUGACUGUCCCGGCCUGGUGAUGCCAUCCUUUGUCUCUACCAAGGCAGAGAUGAUCUGCUGUGGGAUCCUGCCCAUCGACCAAAUGAGAGACCAUGUCCCCCCUAUUUCUUUCAUUUGCCAAAACAUUCCAAGACAUGUCCUAGAAGCCACCUAUGGGAUUCACAUCAUACGGCCCCGAGAAGAUGAAGACCCUGAUCGACAGCCCACCUCAGAGGAGCUGCUGACAGCUUAUGGAAGCAUGAGAGGGUUUAUGACUGCCCACGGACAGCCUGACCAGCCCCGAGCUGCCCGGUACAUCCUGAAGGACUAUGUCAGGGGUAAGCUGCUAUAUUGCCACCCUCCUCCUGGCAUCAAGCCUGGGGACUUUCAGCCACAGCACAAGAGACUGAGGCCCGGUGUGGGGAAGCCAGAGGCGCAGCUGCCACAGCAGAGCCACCACAAGGCCAAGCAGAUCGAGAAUGUGGUCGACCGAGCGUUUUUUCACCAAGAAAAUGUGAGGGCGCUGACCAGGGGUGUGCAGGCUGUAAUGGGCCACAGGCUGGGUGGCACCCCAGGGCCUUCUGCUACCAGCUACAACGGGGGCCCUGGGAAGCCCUGGAAGAAACACGGCAACCGGAACAAAAAGGAGAAGAUUCGCAGGGUCACCAGGCACUUGGAUGCGUGACCUCGAGCCUAGGCACCUUGAGAUGUCUUGUCAGGCCACCAGAAGGAGCUACGGACCGAGGCCAGCCCUGUGCUCUCAGGCCAGGCCAUUCUCCCUCCUGGCCCACAGGGCGAGGGGCCACUAACUCCUAGGCCCAGAUGACCAGGCCUGGCUAGUGACCCUGCGAUGGGGGCGGGGCUGCUGCGCCCCUGGGCUCUUGGUGAACAAGCGGAUGGAUGGAUGGAUGACAGCGUGGGUGAGAUGGAGGGAUUCGGCUGUGUCCACACAGGCACGUUCUCUGUGCCAGGGUCCCAGGGCCACAGGGCCACAUCCGCACUCCCUACCCAGCAGUGGCAUUGGAGCUCUGAGCUUGGUGGAUCCCUCUGCUCCUACAGUGUGGCCUAAGCCUUGAUGGAGGGUGGUUACUCGUGGAGAGGCCUCUCAGUUUGGGCCAGUGGUCAGCCCCAGAAGGUCCUGGGAUAAAAUCUGAUCCUUUUGGAUGGAGUUCCCAGCAGAAGCAGGAUUGGAUAUCAGGUCCUAUUCAGUGAUUCUGUCCGGGGCUCCACCUCUCCCCAGCAUGGCCUGCUGCCUCCAUCCCUCCCAGGGUCUGUCCUCCUCAAGGGGUGCCCUCUCUUGUCACCUGCCUGGAUUCUAGAGCCUCAUCCCCAGGGCUUUUCUGGAGUCAGCCACACCUUGUUCUCCUCCUUGGAGGAAAGCGUUCAGCCACAUGCUGCCUCAGAAAGGGGGCCUCAUCUAGCAGAGGGCUGGGGUCUGGAAGGCUUGAGAGGGAAUGGGUGGAUGUGGGUCCUCCUGAGUUCACUUUCUUCAUCUGUUAAGAGAUUCUCUAGCCAGAUUGCCCCUUCUCAGUCUCCUUUGUGGGCAUGGCAUCCAUCUCCCGCUUCUCCCCUCCCCCCAAUCUCUACUCUCUGUGACCUCUGCUCCUCUGUGUGGCCUCCAGACAUCUCAGGCUGAAGUUGGGGACCAAGUUUCUGGCACCCCAUGCCCCUGGUCCAUCCCCCCUAGCACCUCACAUCUUCCCCCAUGACUGACUCCAAUCUUGCUAAGUCACAAGAGGCUGCAUCCCCCACUCUCUGCCUUGGCACUGGCCUUUUCUGACCCACUUUUUGGGCCCAUGGUCCCCUAGUGGACGAAGGCUUCCCAAGGGCCAGGACCACCUUGUUUGUCUCUACCCAUGGUGCCUUGCCCCAUAGUAGGCCUGAUCUUAUCACUUCUUAAUAAAGCGCAUGCUGUGUCUUCUAGCUUGACUAAGUGGGGAGGGCAUCUUGCCUCUCUGGCCAACUCAGAGUGGGUUGGGGCUGCUUCACCCAUCCUAGGCAGGUGGCACUUUUCAAGGCACCUCAGUGUAGUAACUGCCCUCCCAGGAAAGGUCUCAGAGAUGAUGUCACUACUGAGAGCAAAGGCUGAUGGAAGAGCAGCCAGGAAUGAAAGGGUACACAGGGCCAAUGGGAAGAUCCAGGAGGCUCAGGAAGCCAGUGUCUAUGGGGGUGGCAGGUUACUGAGCCUCCGCUCGGCUGCAAAGGAGCCUUGACAAGCGCUGAACCCAGCGCCCUCUUGGGGAAGGGGAGUGACAAGCACCUUCCACAUGUCUCACUGGAGAGAAAUCAGUGAGGCCUGGGUUCAAAUCUCACCACAGAUCACUGUAAAUGUGCUGCUACCCUUGGUCACUCGCCUCUGGAUCUCUAUAAAGUGAGGAUCUGAGUGACUUCUCCUGGCUCUUCAGCUCAGAAUCUGUGACAGCAAGAGGAAACAAACCCAAGGAGGGCUCCAAGUCCCAUGGGGAGCAGGAUUAGGUCUUCAACCCAGGUUCUCUGAGACCAGACCCUGCGAACCUGCCACCAGGGGGCAUGUCUAGGAAUGAGUGCUUUUAGGGUGAUUGGUUUGGCAGCACGGCAGUCAGCCAGAGAGACAGGGUGAGCAAGGUGAUGCAGGGCCAGCUCGGUGCUGACUACGGGUCGGAGAGAGAUGAGCUCGUUUCCUUUUCCAGGGUCAGUCAGCAAAGAUUUCUUAGUCAUGCGGCUACAGGGGCUAAGACAGGCGCCAGGAUGCUAACGAGGCCCAGACGGGACCCGGGUGCAGACCCAGCCUCAGGUGUGCCCUGCUCUCUGGUGGCUGACGGGAUGGAAGGGCCAGCGCUCGGGUGUGUGGCUGGGCUGGUUGUUUCAAUGACUGAGGUGGCACUGAAGGCUUCCUGUGCGUGCUGAACGCAGGGAUGCCAAGGACAAAAGCAAGGCUGGCAAUGUUGGGCUUGCAGGAGAUCCUAGGUGGUGUGGGAUCUGGAGGGAAGAAUGGGCGCCUUUCUAGCCCAGCCCGAGGGUGUCCCCUGCCUGGGUUUGAAGGUUUGGCAUAAAGGAAGAGAUCCCUGCCCUUGCCCAUGUGGCCCACCCCAUUUUGGGUGGCUAGUGAUCAUGAAGUGUUUCCUGACAUCAAGCCUAAAGUUGUCCUUUUGUGGCUUCCACCCAUUGAAGCCUAGAGGGAGCUGCAGGGACUAUCUCCCACAACCCCUCACUUCACAGAUGAGGAAACAGCUCCACCGUGUUUUGGUGGAGGCAGGAUUAGGAGUUGUCCCAGGCCUGCUGGCUCCAAACCCAGCACUGUCCCUGCUGCCUGAGGCCCUGUGUCUGUGACAGCCUUUAUGCACCUGCAGACAGAGAUGACGACUGUAAUAUCCAUCUGAUGCCCCCAGCACAGACCAGGCCUUCUGGAGCCAUUCUGGAUGUUUGUCAAUGCCCUUUCUGAUAUGGGCUCCCCAGAGCUGGAGGCAGCCUCCAGGAGUGUUCUUUCCAGGCACUGCCUGUUAGCUCCUCUGAUAACAGCAUAGCCCAUUCACAUAAAGGGUCUCAUUUGAUUCCCUUAACAUCCUUGUGUGGAUGUGCAGGAAGGACUUGAACUUACCUCUGGGCUCAGUCAGCCUGGUCCAGGGCUCUUCCCUAUACCUUGCUGCCUCUCCCCAUGUGCCACCCACCCCUACCUGGCUAGGUGUCCCUCUCGGUGGCUGCUGGAAUUGGAGCAAAGUUUAGAAUACCUGUUGUAUUAAAGAACAUUUCCUAGUCAUCAUUCUCCACUGGAGAUCAAGCAAGUCGAGUUUUCUCUUCACCUUAACUAUUUUUGAAGGAAGGUAUGGCCUCUUAGACAUUUGAUGCUUAACUAUUGAGCGCCUGCUGGCUGCAAAACACUGCCCAGGGAGAGUGGGAAGUCAGAGGCAACUGCCCUUGCAGGGAGGUGUCUCACCGAGGGAGAGUCUUGGGCCCCUGCAGGCACAGCUGGAGAGCUCUCAAGCUGACCCUUGGCAUGAGCAAUGGGAGAGUCUGCUUGGCUGGACCACUGGCAUCAAGGGGGCAGGUGCCCAGGCUGCUCUCCUGCAGAUAAUUAGCCCAGAAUGAUUGGAAUGGGGAAGGUUACUACUAAAAACAAUGGAAUUUGUCCUUCUGAGGUGACUGAAGCAUCUCAGAAUGUGGGAGUCCCUGCAGAGAGGACACCACACUUCAACCAGAAGGGCCAGGAAAAGGGAUUUCCCCCCUUUGCAAUGAGUCGGUCUUUAAUUUAAAAAAAAGGGGGGGUGUUACUCAUUUUGAGCUUAAACACAAAAAGGCAAAAAGCCAUUUCCAUGUGCACACGCAGCACCACAUAAUAAGCCAGGAAUUUCCAUUUCAUAGUGUUUCAAAAAAACCCACCAUGUAAUAAAUGCACGUUGUUUUCAAAGA